AAAAAAAAAAAAUGAAUAAAAAAUCAAAGAAAAACGUAGGUAUGUGUUGUUGUAUGUACCUAUACAGACAGUAAAUAAAAACACUUUGUAGUAAUUACACAAAUCUAGAGAAAAGCCAGCAAAUUUAUUAAAAAAACUUUUUUAUCAUCAUCAUGCAAAAUAAAACCUACGUAAAUAAUUUUUUUUAAUAUUAACUACUAGAAUUGAAAAUUAUAGAAAAACAAACAAAUAAAUCUUCACAAAUUUGUUCUAUACAUCUGUAUUUGUAAACAUUUCUACCUAUUAGGUUCAGUCUGUGUUACCCCUUCAUUUGUUGUAUAUUUCCUUUAUUAUUUUAGCUCGUUUUUUUUGGUUUAACAAUUCUGCCCUUUUUAAAAAUUUGGUUGUUAAUUUAAUCUAAGUAAAAGAGAAGAAACAAUGUUUUUUUAUAUGCUGUCAUCAGUGUUGCCUUUUUGGGAAUCUGUUAUACCUUCAUCUUUCUUCUUAAACAGGGAGUACCACAGGGCUGUGUUCUAGCUCCCUACUGCUGAACUUCUACAUCUAUAAACUCCCCACACCUCCACAAGAUGUGGAACUUUAUAUCAUAUGUGGACGAUUGCACCAUUAUGGCGAUGGGUAAAACGUAUGAUCUAUGCGAUCCAGUGAAUGGUUAUCUUAGAGAAAUAUACAAUUUCUUCAUUAGACAUAAACUGAAACUAUCACCAGAGAAGUCUUUAGCAACACUCUUCACCACCUGGACAAAGGAGAUAAACAUGAAUUUAGGCGUCAUAGUCGAUGGAACCCAAAUACCGACUGUGAACCUCCCAAAAAUUUUGGGGGUCACCUUUAACAGUCUGUUUACCUCAGCUCAUGCCACUGCAUUUAUGUACUGAUUGCGAAGUAGAAACAAGGCUCUCAAAGCUCUAGGCGGCAGCUCUAAGUAAUGGACAAAGAAACCUUGGUGGCUACCUAUAAAACAAUUGGCCGGUCAGUGGGCAAUUAUACUGCUCCCGUGUUGUCUCCUUCACUGAGUGAUAUCCAGUAGAGAAAUAUUCAAAUCUGCCAAAACGCUGCCCUACGGACUGUAAUAUUCUGCAUGCAAAUAACCUCGGCAUGCCAACUAUACGAGGAAACGAAGGUACUCCCAGUGUAGUAACAUUAUGUCAUGCUGACUAUAAGUUACUACCGGAAUGUAUUUGAAAUACUACUAAAUCCCACUGUUGGAUACUCUCCUGAGGCAUGUCAGGAAGGACCUUCGUGUAUACGAGGAGAUUAUACGAAGAUAUGUGCAGUAUCCUUUGGAUCGUAAUUCGUAUGCAGCAGUUUGGAACGGUAUUCAUAGAGACGCCAUCAAUAUCAUGGUUUCAGGUUACCGCAACAGGCUCAACUAUCCUACCCACCCUACUUUACUUAUCCCAAUGGAUUUAUGGACUAACCCUGUAGAAGUAGCCCAAUUUCUUGGCUUAGACUUAAUUCCCAUAUUCUGAAGAACCCUUAUUAGAGAAGUCUUUUUUAAUACAAAAGUUCUACAGAGAAAUUAAUUUCACUUCCUCUAUUACAAAGUCGAGUGAAAUCAGAGCAAAUCUAAAUAGCCUAAAAUAACAUGUCUAUGAAACGAAGGUUCCUAUCCUAUAGGUAUACCAAAUGUUUUUCCAUAGUCGUAUUAUCAGACUGUGAAGAUAGAUUAGUUUGCUAAUGUCAUAUAUCACUUGGCAAUAUAAUGAAUCAAACUUGGAACUAUCCUCUAACCUAGUAGGUAUAAAUAAUUCCUAUUUUCUGUAUGACGACGGCUAUGAGCGACGGCUAUGAAUAAAUGAAUCUGAAUUUAUUAGUAGGAUUGAAGGGAAAUUUCUAAUUUUUAUAUUUGGUGGCGUAUCGAUGUAUCAUACUUUGUGGAUACCACAAACAGAGGGAACCCAAAGCGCUACGGAUUUACUUUUCCUCUACAUUUCAAUUUAUCUGCUUGUAAAUGUAUUCUCUUUAUUAAUGAUUCAACGUUUUUUCUUUCUUAUUUUCAUUUGUGUUUGUUUUAUAAUAAUUUAAAAUGGCAACACUGAUACAACAAAAAUAAAAGCAAAAACAAAUAAAAUACAAUAGCAAAGCAAAACAAGCAAAAUUUCCAUUGUGUAGACGACAAUCGAUGUUGUCGUUGCCGUCGUGUCGUUGCUCAUUCGUUGGGCAGUCAGUAGUCGUCAGUCGUAUACGGUUGUUAACAUUUUACUUAAAAUACUCUUUCUACAUUUAAUAUUUUUGCACAAAAAUAUAAAGAAAUUUUCUACAUUGAAUAAUUUGUAUAGAUACUUAACAAAAGUAGAGUGAAAAACAUGUAAACUAUUAAGAAUAUAUUUUAAAAUAAAAUUUAUUGGGAAAAUACAUAAUAAAAAUUAAAAAAAAAACAAAUCAACAAAAAGUGAAAAUGUUAUUAUCUUUAUAAAAAAUUAAAACAAUAACAACUAAAAUAAGAAGAAGAAUUGAUUUCAUAAAUAUAAAUGUUUGUCGUCAUCAUCAUUAUCAUCAUUCAUCUAUUACACAAAAGUCGUCUACGAUGUCUCUUUAUAUUCGUACACCACCUCUCUAAUUAUGAGCGAAACUUUACAUUUUAAUUCAAAACAAUAUAACAGUGUGAGUGUGUGUGUUUUACUACAUUACUGUUGUAAUAAAUAACAGCAAAUACAAAAUAAUAAUAAAUAAAUAUAAAAAAGAAUAAGUACAAAAUCUAAAUGUAUUAUAAAAUCGCCUUCUUCUUCCAAUUGUUAUGAAAAGAAAAAUAAACAAGAAGAAUUUUAUAAAAACACAAAUUUGCCUCGUAAACAAUUAAGACAGCAGCAUAAAUAAUUAAACUUUCAUAUAAAAAACGUAACCAUUAAAAAAAAAAACAAUACCAUUGUUGUUUUAUUACUAUCUUUGCCAAUCAUCUAUAGUUAUAAUCUUAAAAAAAAAGAACAAAAACAACAACAAACAAAAAUUAAUAUCAACAAUUGAGAAAAUGAGGAGCUGCUGUAUUGCAAACAAAAUCUAUGAACUAUGACGCAUCAAUCACAUCAGACUAACGGCGCUAGUUUGGAGGAUUGCCAUACAAACUUUUUUGCCUUGACUGAUUUAUGCGGUAUAAAAUGGCGCAAAUUUGUUAACAAUGAGCGACCAAAUGCAUCCAGUGAUCCACUGGAUGAUCCUAUCUUACGCUCCUAUUCAAGAUGUAUGCAAGCUGACAUUCUAUGUGUUUGGAGACGUGUUCAGUCUACCAGACAAGAUAACUCGGAUCCAAGUGCAAUGUUUGAUGUUAACACCUCAAAAGUGCAUCCACCUCUAUCACUAGCGGCCGCCAAAGAAUUAUGGAUAUUUUGGUAUGGCGAGGAGCCAGAUCUUACCGAUCUGGUGGAUGCGGAAUUAUUAAAAGUGGCUGGUAAGUGUAAAUUUUCAUAAAUCUAUUAUUUGGUU